ACCCUUACGCCGCGGCCCGCCCUCCGGGGCGGGUAAGAGAGCGCGCGAGCAGCGGUCGUCAGGACCCGCCCCUUCGCCUCCGCGAGCUGGCGGGCGGGCUGGCAGCGCCGGGAGGCGGGGCCGCGGCAGCCGGCUGGGUGCGACUGGGCGGCCUCGGAGCUCGCAGACGCUCCGGGGAACAUGGCGGCUGCGGAGCCGGCGGUCCUUGCGCUCCCCAACAGCGGCGCCGGGGGCGCGGGGGCGCCGUCGGGCACAGUCCCGGUGCUCUUCUGUUUCUCAGUCUUCGCGCGACCCUCGUCGGUGCCACACGGGGCGGGCUACGAGCUGCUCAUCCAGAAGUUCCUCAGCCUGUACGGCGACCAGAUCGACAUGCACCGCAAAUUCGUGGUGCAGCUGUUCGCCGAGGAGUGGGGCCAGUACGUGGACUUGCCCAAGGGCUUCGCGGUGAGCGAGCGCUGCAAGGUGCGCCUCGUGCCGCUGCAGAUCCAGCUCACUACCCUGGGAAAUCUUACACCUUCAAGCACUGUGUUUUUCUGCUGUGAUAUGCAGGAAAGGUUCAGACCAGCCAUCAAGUAUUUUGGGGAUAUUAUUAGCGUGGGACAGAGAUUGUUGCAAGGGGCCCGGAUUUUAGGAAUUCCUGUUAUUGUAACAGAACAGUACCCUAAAGGUCUUGGGAGCACGGUUCAAGAAAUUGAUUUAACAGGUGUAAAACUGGUACUUCCAAAGACCAAGUUUUCAAUGGUAUUACCAGAAGUAGAAGCGGCAUUAGCAGAGAUUCCCGGAGUCAGGAGUGUUGUAUUAUUUGGAGUAGAAACUCAUGUGUGCAUCCAACAAACUGCCCUGGAGCUAGUUGGCCGAGGAGUCGAGGUUCACAUUGUUGCUGAUGCCACCUCAUCAAGAAGCAUGAUGGACAGGAUGUUUGCCCUCGAGCGUCUCGCUCGAACCGGGAUCAUAGUGACCACGAGUGAGGCUGUUCUGCUUCAGCUGGUAGCUGAUAAGGACCAUCCAAAAUUCAAGGAAAUUCAGAAUCUAAUUAAGGCGAGUGCUCCAGAGUCGGGUCUGCUUUCCAAAGUAUAGGACAUUUGAAGAACUGGUAUGCUACUCACUGGUGAAGGACAGUCAGGUGAAGGAUUGUAAGCCCACACAAGCUCUUCUUAUCUCUACUAGAAUUAAAAUGUUAAGUCAAAAACGGCUCCUUUUUUGCGCCUCCUAGUGAAACUUAACCAGCUAGACCAUUUGAGUACCAGCAUUUAGUUACAAACGUCAAAGGCUUCUGGUGCUGCUUACCUUCCUUUUUUGUUAAUGUGCUUUUAUUUAUUAAAAAAAAUUACAAUGAAGGUGCCUGUUUUGUCUCUACUGUGUACUCUGAUCGUAUCUUUCCAAAGUGCAGACUCUUGUGAAGUUUUCUUAAAUUGUGCACUUUAAAGAAAAUGACGUACCAACAAUGAUUUGGCUUUUAUAUUACUGUAAGAUGUUAUAAUGUUAAUGUGGAUGUAGUGCUUUUACUUUACAGAUUGAUUGGAAUAAGAUUAUCGUAUGUGAAUUUACCCACAGGACUCUGAAUCAUGUUACCCACUCCCCUCACAAUGUUGUCCACUUACUGAGUGAGUUGUAUUGAUCUAUCCGUACCAAAUGAUGUUGAAUAAUUACAUAUCUUUCUUGACUAUACUGAUUUCUUAUUUUGGUCACUGUUACUAAAUCUCUGUUAAUAUUCUCUCUUUUAACUGAAAAGGGAUGGGAUAGAAGGGUUUGCAAUGCCAUAUUAUUGGUGGAGGGCUGUUUUAACAUCUUUGAAGUAUGACUUGCUGAAUAUCUUUACCAACAUCUUGAAUAUAUAUUCUAGUGUCCACAAGAUUUAGCAAAAAGAUAACGCUUGGGUGGAAUAUCAUUUAAAAAUGUUCAUGUUCUGUUCUAUAUUUUCUUCACCUACUCUCCAAAUAUUGUAAUGCAAAAAGUCUCAGUAAUGAUUUGGUAGUAUUAAUUUUGUGGUCAUUGUUUCUCUUCGAUAAAUUUAUUUUCGUUAAAUACUUAUUAGAGGGUUUUGAAAUGUUUUUCAAAUAUGUGAAAUGUGAAACUGCUGUCUUUUAUAUUAAAGUAAUUAAAGAAAA